AUGAAUCAACCGACAGAGUCAACAAACGGGAAUGGUGGCAACAAGAACACCACCACUACCAACGAAGACAAUAAUAACAACGUCAACAAGGAUAACCAGGGAGGUUCUUCGUCGUCUGCCACGGCAGCAGGAGCAGCAGGGACAGGAGCAGCCAUGACCCAACAACAGCUGGACGACGAGUCGGCUGAGGCCAAGAAAAAACGAGGUGGCCCCAAGCGGAGAAAAGUGACUCACGGUCGUCCUUGUCAGCGAUGCAUCAAGCGUAAUAUCGGACACAUGUGUCACGACGAACCUAAACCAUCAGCGUCAGGAACGGCUGGCUCGCAGCAACCGGCUAGCGCCAGCUCGAGUAAUGCAGGAACCCCAGUCCCCAGCAUCUCACGAUCUCCUGAAGCACGAAGGACUUCACAGCAGCAACAGCAGGCUGCUCAGAAUCAAACACAGCUCACCUCACACCAACAGCAACAGCUUGCAUUACAACAGCAGCAACUCCAGGCCAACAACUUGGGCUUGCCUCUCUACGGAUUCAACAACCAACUGUCAGCUCUGCCUGUAACCCCAUUGACCUUUGCGAGUGAGCAUAUGGGUAACGAGUUUACUGUCAUCAGUGACUUUUUGGAGAGUCUGGGAGGCGAUCAGCAAAAUAUCUUUUGCGAGACAGGAAUCCCCGUUAACACAACCGAGAAGUUCUUCUUGACAGCAGCAGAUCCAAGUGAUGGCACCAAUGAGGACCGAUUGACCCAGGUCAUCAAUGCUAAGUUCGAAGCUGGCUUCUUGAAACCCUACAACUACGUCAAUGGAUAUUCUCGUCUUCAAAAAUACAUGGACAGCAAUAUGUCGAAUAUCAGCAGACAGAGGAUAUUGAACGUCAUGGGCACUUUCCGACCAGCAUUCAGAACAGUGGCCCAAUCCUUGACAGAUAUUGACCUUGUCCUUGUCGAGGAGGCAUUUGAGCGCCUGCUGCUUGACUACGACCGAGUCUUCAGCUCAAUGGGCAUCCCAGCAUGUCUCUGGCGCCGAACAGGAGAGAUCUACAAGGGCAACAAGGAGUUUGCGUCGCUAGUCAACGUGCCGCUGGAGAUGCUGCGGGAGGGCCGUCUGUGUAUAUACGAACUGAUGGCCGAAGAGUCCGCCGUCAACUAUUGGGAAAAGUACGGUAACAUUGCCUUUGAUGCCGGUCAAAAGGCCGUCUUGACAUCGUGUCUCCUCAAGAACCCGGACCCGGAAUCGCAGAACGUCAUUUCUUGUUGCUUUUCGUUCACUAUCAGGAGAGACAAGUAUAAUAUCCCCACUGUGAUUGUAGGCAACUUUUUGCCUGUUUCCUUGGGAUAG